CAGUCCGUUGGUUUUCGUUGUGCGAUUCGGAGUGUUGGAAAAUCAUUCAGUUGUUCCCGAAAACAGCAUCGUUCUGCUAUCAGUUCGAUUGGGUAGACGUUUUGCCCUCAUAUCUCCUCGUCUGACAACGAAAUGGCCUGUGCUACGGUGCCGAAGGCAAUUUUUAAGAAUGGCAACAGCAUCCCCAUGAUCGGGCUCGGUACCUGGAACUCGCCUCCGGGACAAGUCGCUCAAGCUGUGAAAGACGCCAUCGACAUCGGAUAUCGGCACAUUGAUUGCGCUCAUGUCUAUCAGAACGAGCACGAAGUAGGCGAGGGAAUUGCCGCAAAGAUAGCUGAAGGUGUCGUGAAGCGGGAGGAUCUGUUUGUGACCAGCAAACUGUGGAACACCUUCCAUCGACCGGAACUGGUCGAGGGUGCUUGCCGCACGACCCUUAAGAACCUGAAGCUGGAUUACGUCGAUCUCUACCUGAUCCACUGGCCGGUUGCGUAUCGCGAGGGGCCGGAACUCUUUCCGAUGGGUCCCGACGGACAGACGUUCGUGUUCUCCGAUGCCGAUUACGUGGACACCUGGCCAGCGAUGGAAAAGCUCGUCGAAGCCGGUCUGGUGCGCAAUAUUGGACUUUCGAAUUUUAACACCAAGCAAAUUCAGCGUGUCUUGGACAUUGCCAAGAUCCCGCCGGCCACCAAUCAAAUCGAGUUGCACCCGUAUUUGCACCAGGCAAAGAUUACGGCUUUCUGUGCCAAGCAUGGAAUCGUCGUUACGGCCUACAGCCCGCUAGGAUCGCCGGCCCGACCGUGGGUGAAAGCAGACGAUCCGGUGCUGCUCGACGACGGAACGGUUGGCCAGUUGGCGAAAAAGUACGGCAAAAGCGCGGCUCAGAUACUGAUCCGUUACCAGAUUCAGCUCGGACACGUCGUUAUUCCGAAAUCGGUGACCAAAGAGCGCAUUGGUACGAAUUUCGAUGUUUUUAGCUUCCAGCUCGAGGAUGCCGAUGUCAAGGUGUUGGCGCAGCUGGAGAGAAACGGCCGCAUUUGCCCGGAAACGGGCGCAUUCGGUCACCCGCAUCAUCCAUUUGAGAAGGAGGAGUAAGGGGAGUUUCAUUAGAAAAAUAAAGUUCCUAUGAACCUGCCCUUGAAGAGUGUGAUCCGAAAAGGGCUCAGCUGGGCUUCACGCCCUAACAUAUCUCGCUCUUUAUCAUUUAGCACAACAGAAACGAGUCUAAUUAGCAGCUCAUUCAGCAAUAGGCGACAUUGAGAACUGUGAAGAACGGUCUGAACUGCUUAUCUCAUUUACUGAUUAGUAUCCCUAUCGGGGCCAAACCGCAAAUUGGGCAGCGGAUGUUUGGUUGUGGUUAGUUUGCAUCGUAGUAUUUAGGCAUAAAAAGGCCGUCCGAGUCCCAGGGUAGGUUUAGUACGUAUUAAGCGUUU